UGAAGGAGCUGGUGGCAUUGAUUUACCUACACCUUGGUACCUAUAGAUUUUUUCCUUCCAGGACAUUUAUAGACCAGCUUCUUUGGAACUGUUGUGUUUGUUGCUUUGACCACACAUUGCAUUUCUCAGCAAAUGUUGGCAAUGACUUCUACGACCACUGACGUCAAGAAAGUGCUUUUCUUCAUCGUUUUUGCUGCUUGUGGACUGAUAACUAUGCCGCUGUUUUUAUACUACAUUGGCAAUCAGUCAUCCACAGUCUGUCCAAAUUAUUUCACAAAGGUACCUAAUGUGACUGUGGCAAAGCCAGAGAAACCCAUUCUUUUGAUCUGGUUGUGGCCGCAGGGUGUCAAAUUUGACUUCAAAGACUGCAAGACCUAUUUCAACAUAGACAGCUGCGUUCUCACAGAUGAUCGCUCCCUGUACCGUGCUGCAGAUGGAGUUGUCUUCUAUCAUAAGACCAUCGCAUGGGAUCUCAACAAUCUUCCUAAGGAUCCACGACCAGCAUUCCAAAAGUGGAUCUGGUACAAUGUUGAAUCUCCAACCAACACUGCCAGAAAAGCUGGAUUGGAUGGAUUGUUCAAUCUCACUUUGACCUACAGACGAGAUUUAGACAUUACUACUCGCUAUGAACUGAGCAUUGUGAGAAGUCAGGAACAAUUUGUGCUUCCACAGAAAAAACAAAUUGUUUGCUGGAUUGCAAGCAAUAACAUUCCAGGGACCGGUGCAUCAACCCGACUGAACUAUUACCAUGAACUAAAGAAGCAUAUUGAUGUGAAAGUAUAUGGUCAAGCUGUCUCAGGGGCAACUUUUCUAAGGUAUGAAGACUAUUACUCUACCAUUGCUAGCUGCAAAUUUUACCUGGCCUUUGAGAACUCUAUUCAUGAGGACUACAUCACAGAAAAGUUAAAUGGACCAAUGGUCAGUGGGACUGUGCCAGUAGUUUUAGGUGCGUCCAGGGAGAACUGUGAACAGUUUAUUCCCGCAGACUCGUUCAUCCAUGUGGAUGACUUCCCUAAUCCAAAAGCUUUGGCUGAGUACCUGCAUCAGUUGAAUCAGAACAAAGACAUGUAUAUGCGUUACUUUGCAUGGAGGAAAUACUUCAGAGCUACACCUCAUCUUCUAACAACACACAAUGAAUUUACACAGCCCAUCUGCACUGCCUGUGCCCAUAUUGCUGAAGACAACACCUAUAAUGUGGUCCAUGAUCUGUUCUGGUGGUUCCAUAAAAAUAUUGCUGGGCACCAGUGGAAAUGAGAUGGUAAGAUCUCUAAAAGCUCUUAGCAGAUGCAUAAAAAAACAGUUAAAGGACGAAACUUUGAUUUUUGUCUUUUAGUCUUUCAGAGUCCUCGCCAGCUUCAAUUUUACAUGACCUGAAUGUAUUUAAUGCAAAAAGUUAAGAUGAUAUAAUAUGAAGUACAAAUCAUAAAAGUGUUUCUCCAUAUCUCCCUCUAGUAUGGGCUUUAGUUAGUUUGCUCUCUGUAAAGACUCAUCACACAUCAUUGGGGUUCCUUCAAAUGCUGGUCACCUGUACAUCUCUUCAGUUAUUGCUUUAAAUGCUGUUACACAACAGUAAGUUUACAGCUAGAAGUCACUCUGACGUGACCGUUCUAUUAAUUGAAAAUGAGAGAGCAGCGAAUUCAUACGGUCACAUUUAGUCACAUUAUUGAGUGACCAAAUGGAAUAGGGUAAAUGUUAAUUUUAGCAUGUGAUGUAUAGAUAAGCAAGUAUGCUAUACAAAUGGUUUCCUCCGACCUCCUUCCCUGUGCUGGGCAAAACAACAAUGGAUAGCCUAUAUCCCUCUGACCUAGAUGACUUAACAUAUCUAUGAAUGAUAUUUUAGCUUUGCUGAUUAAGCUUACAUAAUCUCUGAAUGUCUUUAAGACAGAGCUAGCCUGUCCCUCCUCCUCAGAUUUAUGACUUGAUUGAUGAAACCAUAACAGUCCUGUUUUAAUGGACAAAAAUGCAGGCACUAUUAGUAACAUUGUCAGAGUAUUCAUUAAAUUGACAACUUAAGACAGUAUAAGCCAGAUUAAGAUGCUUGAAGAUGAUUAUUGGAAAACAUACGUCUUUUGGAGCAUUUACUAGCCUAUGAGGUCAUCCACAGUAGGCUAAGCUCAGGUUGUCCCACACUGCACAGUGGGGACCAAAGCAAAGCCCUAGAUACAUACGCACAUGAAAGGUGUUCAAGUUCUGUGCCUAGAUUCUCUUAAACAUUAAAUAACAAAGUUUUCUUGUG